UCUCUCUCAAGCACUUUACAGUCGAGACAAAACAACGCAGUGAGUCGACGACAGACCGCUUGACACUUUACAUUUCUCAGCAGACGUCGUACUCUUGUACAAACUUCCAGUAACUUGCUAAACAAUGGAUCUGAUCUGCUAUAGUCCAGAUCUACCAGCCGUCUCAAACCGGACAGCAUGGAAGCACCUCUGGAUGUGAGACUAUCAUGGGAAUUCUGCCAUUACCAGUGAAGAGCUAAACUGGGCAUUUUUCUCUGCUGGAGGCACAGAUUAUAGGAUGACAACUCAGUAGCUGUGAUUCAGUCGUCAAGAUGAACCCUUCCUCUCUGGACUGGUCCAUUCAGAGCGCCCUGUCGUCUCUUUUCCCUCCGUUUGAGGCUACCGCUCCUACUGUUCUCAGCCAACUCUUUCGCACCAUUGAGGAACGUUACCAUGGAGAUGCACUGCAGUGCCUGCUGAACUUCCUUAUCCCAGCCAAACAUAUCCUAGAGAGUGUGCAACAAGCAGCCUGUGCUGCAUACUCCGAUGUGCUGUUCCAGUGUGAGGGUUGGCCAUUGUGCCUGAGAGAUCGUGUGGUGAUCCAACUCGCCCCCAUCAACCCUUUACUUCUCCGACCUGGAGAUUUCUACUUGCAGGUGGAACCUUUUGGUGAACAGUCAGCCCGAAUCGUCGUCAAAAGUCUUCUUGUGCAGGAAGACCUACUGGGGCAAGAGAAUCUGGUGCUGCAAGCCGGUUCCAGGUUGCUGGAGGGUACUGCAAUUGAGGGGACUCCCAUUCCUGAGACAUCUUAUCCAUGCAUAUUCACAGAGUCUUGGCUAAGGGAAAUAAAUGAGGGACGUCAUGGAAAUCCUUUGUGUCAGUGUGUGCUAUCGUCUGAUCAGGGGGUUGUGAAAGUACCCUGGACUGAAGUUGCCAACCCAGAAUUCCUUGACAGGCCCAAAUCUAACAUCUGGCCUGAAACAAUGCCAUGCUCAACACCAACUCUCCGUGUGAAAGAUCUUGAAUCUGAGAUUUCGAACGAGUCACAGGUACCUAUAGGCCUUUUACCACUUGAGAUGGAAACUAGGAUCCUUCCAACUAAUGAUGGGAUGGUGGUUUCCGUUCAACUAGUGGACGGUGGCAACAGAUUGGUGAAGGUUGACCAAGGACAUCCAAUAAGCAGUUUUGCUGGAAAACCUGUAGGCUGGGUAUCUCCUAAUACCUGGGACAGCAGAAACAACCGAGAGCUGGAAGGAGAAUAUGUGGAUCUUUUAGAGUUCAACAAGGAGAAAGAUACUUUGGUCCUCAACAAUAUAGCAAUGCCCACAAAACCACUGGGUUUCAAGUUAGUCAGGACAACUCAACCUGCCCCAAAAAGUAUUGUUAACCUGUGUGGAGAGGACUGCAAUCCCUGUAUGCAAAACAAACCACAUGAGAGCAUGCAAAACGAUCCAGAAUCCAAAUGCAGGUAUCGGCAGUCUUAUAUGGCAGCUCUCCGAAACCCUGUGAAUUUUGAGAGAGCAAGUAUGCUGCCUUCCUUAGAUGAAACAAGGACAGAUGUAGAGGAGGUUGAGCCAAGCUGUGGGGGAUACGGAGUUGGCCUUAGACUUAAACCUUCGAGUUGUACAUUUGGCCAGACACCAAACCAAGCAGACAGAAACCCUAUGCAAUCCUUUGAUAACUCAGUCCAACAAAAGCAAACCCCAAAGAAAUCAAGUCAGAGCAUACCUCAUGACUGUAGUUCAAGAGAGAAUGCGGAGUCUUCUGACCAACAUAUGACCCAACAGAUCCUUAGCAUGGUCCAAGCAAGACAACAACACAAGUCAUUACUCACAGGGCAAAAGGAUCUCCAUCAGACUGUACUAGGAACUAAGGCACUACCCGACAAAAGGCAACACUCUUUUAGACAAGAUUCGUUUCAAAUGAGGAUUAGCGGCCAGAAACACACUAAAACCCAACACUUACCCAAAAUGGGACUUAGGGCUUUCCCCGACCACAGUGGUCACAGACAAGAUGCUAAUCUAUCUUUGCAGGGUUUCAAUCCAAUUCAGCUAACACAGGCCUCCAAACAAACACCUCCUCUAUUUCAACCCCAGUUCAGUCAUAUCCUGUUCCAAAAUGAGAACAGACCUUUGGAUUACAAAGUCUUCUGUGAUGACAAACACAGUGGAAGAGGCCCAGAUUCACCUGUACAGGUGAUCAAAGGUAAAAGCAGGUCUAAAGCCCGAUCAUCCUCUUCAGUCUCCGAAACAACUAAAGAGCGUCUUCAAUCGCACAAGCCAACCAACAGAAGCCGCAGUGAUGUCUAUCCAGAGAUCAUUCCCAUGUUGCCUUCUAUCAAGGGAAUAAAACACACAGCUAAUUUGGUGUCCCCAAAAUUAAACAGACAGCAAGAAGCAAGAAAGGAAGUCUACUCAUCUGUAAAGGCUGGAACUCCAUCUGUUAAUGGAGUAGAGCUCCAGAAAUCAGACACUGAUCAGCUCUUCACUGGCCAGCCUGAGAAUGGAGUUCAGACUUUAUUUUCCCAGGACCCCACAAUCAAGAGCCUUCUCCAGCUAGGCAUCAUCUGUCUACCGGGAAGUCGUGACAGAGCUGGCCGGGCUGUGGUUGAGGUCUACGGGGGCAGAAAAGGCUGGCCGUCCACUCAACUUUCUCCUCAUGAGUUCUGCAGACUUUUGCUCUAUCUGCACUCCAUUCCCAGGAUGGAGGUCAGAGAGCUGGGGCUGACUGUAGUGAUUGACAGCAGGAAGUGCCCUCUGCCCUCUGUGUUCUACAAAUCCCUGCUCAUGGUUCAGGAGCAGGCCCUUCAUGCAGUGCACACUAUCUUGAUGCUUGUUGAUAAAGAAACAAAUCCUCGACUGGAAAAACAUCCUGGUCUACAGAUAGAUGUUGUGAUGUCACUAAAAGCUCUCCAUAAGACAGUGGAUGGACAGCAGAUGACCUCUGACCUUGGUGGAUCCUUCCCUUACAGUCAUGAACACUGGCUACAAUUUUACCAGAAACUUUCUCUCUUUCAACUCGACCUACAAGCAGCAUCUUCAUUACUGCAGACAGCAAUCAGGAGACUUGAUGUUAAAAAAACGGACACUGCAAAAGAUGUCCAGUCCUGCAUCCAGCAGCAGAGGAGCUCCAUGAAGAUGGUGCUUGAAGACACACGAUUGGUCGCCCUCCAGAGAGAAGGCGGGUCUAUUCUGGCCAGGAUCAGGAAGGAAGAGUCUCGAUUUGCUCAGUCUGAAGACUUCAGGGACUCUCUGGAGUCUGUGACGUGUCUGUAUAACCAGGUGGAAGAGGCCGUUCACACGCUAGUGAUGAAAUCCAACCAGUCACUGCAACAUCUCGAACAUGUUCUUCUGCUGAGAGAAGCAGAAGACUCGCUCAGCACAAUCCAAAAAUGGUGUGAUGCAGAGGAGCAGUCAUGGCAGAAAGACAAAGAUGACACCGAGAAAACUCUGCUGAAGAUAGAGCAGAGACUAGAAGACGUUCAGUCUGUUCUUAUACAAGCGAAGGAGAAAAAAGAAAAAGCGAUGUUGUUGAUAAAAGAAGUGGAGAGGAAAACCAAAGGAACGGUCUAUCCUGAAGAUGAGGCUUUUGCUUGUAACGUCACCACUUUCAAAACCAACAUGACCGGGUUUCUCUUGAAAGCUGAGGAGCGUAAAUCUGAGCUGGAGACUUCUGUCGAUCUCUAUCGUUUCUGUGAAGAGGCCUCAUCUCUUGUCAAAGAGUGCAUGGAGUAUCUAGAACACAGCCAGAGCACAAACUCUCCCGAGUGUGUCUGCUUGAGCACACUGAAGGCUUUUGAGGAGCGUUUCAAAGACUUCUCGCCCCAGCACUUUCAGGACAAGAGCUCAGCGCUGCUGGAGAGGCACCCGGAUGGGAUAUGGAUGUGGAAUGCAGUCUGGGCUCAAUGCCGAGACAUCAGACAGCGGCUCACCGAGAUACUGCAGGCAUAUAGAAAUCAAACGCCUCUGGGAUCGCCACAAAAGGACAGCGCGGCGCACUUGAAAGGACCAACCCUGAGUGCAAUCACAACAAGCCUUGGAGAAAAUGAAGGCGACCCCCAAAUAAACCCUACUGGCAGUCGUACAGAGACUCAAAAUAGUCUUGUUAAAGAGACAGUGACGCAUUUCCACCUUCACUGUGAGCCUGUGACGAGAGAAACAUCACCGUCUUCAAACUCUGACCCAAUAAUGACCCAAAGCACGCACAAAGAACUGUAUCUUCACCAGUCAUUCAAACCGAAAGAGGAAGGAGGACGCCAACAUUUCCACCAAAGCAGAAGCAAAGUUUCCACAUCACACAAGGAACCGACGAUGCAAUUAAAGAAGCGCCUUCGCAUAUACUCUCACAGCGACAGUGAUCUGAGAAAGUCAGGCCGGGUCACCGAGGUCAACCACUCGCCACAUUAUACAGCCCUGGUCCGCUCUCGAAGCGAAGGCUCUUGUCUGCCAAUCAUCAACUAUCAUGUUUCUGUUCGUAAGACUGCAGUCAAGCACAAAGACCAGAUAUGUGCAGCUUCCGGUCAAGAGAGUGACUCAAGCAGAGCAUCAUGGGAUGGACAGAGCUCUAAACUGUCUCAGCAGGACAGCAUCUGUUCUAGCGCUUCUGGACUGAGCCAAAGCGACUUCAGUGAGAAGAAAUCUGACGAGCAGAGCUUGAUUUCACCAGAUCUUCCAGUCUUCAGGCCUGACCUCAUGCUGGAUCACAGCAGCUCUGUACUUGUUGCAGAAGAGCACAUGGAUCCUGUCAGAAGGCAGCAAUGUUUCUGUUGCUCUCCUGACAGUAAGCUCCAGCGCAUCAUGGAGGAGCUGCUCCAGACGGAGAGAGAGUAUGUGAGAGCGCUGGGGUACGUGGUGGAGAACUACAUGCCGGAGCUGGAGCGUCCCGACGUGCCUCAGGACCUGCGCGGACAGAGAGGAAGCAUCUUUGGGAACCUGGAGAAGCUGCGAGACUUUCACCAGCAUCACUUCCUUCAGGAGCUGGAGCUGUGUCUGAAGGAGCCCUUCUCCGUCGGUCGCUGCUUCCUGAAACACAAAGAAAACUUUGGUCUGUACGCAUUAUACAGCAAGAACAAGCCUCGCUCUGAAAGACUGCUCAUCGAUCGCGGGAGAGAGUUCUUUAAGCAGAAGCAGCAGCUGCUGGGUGAUAAGAUGGAUCUGUCCUCGUAUCUGCUGAAGCCCGUGCAGCGCAUCAGUAAAUACGGUCUGCUGCUGCAGGACAUGCUGUGUGAGUGUGAGACCGGAGCACACGCAGGACACGAGCGGCUCGAGAUACAGACCGCGCUGAACAUCAUCCAGCUCCAGUUGCGACACGGAAACGACCUGCUCGCCAUGGACGACAUUCAGGACUGUGACGUGAAUCUGAAGGAACAGGGCCAGCUGAUUCGUCAGGAUGAGUUCCUGUUGACCUUCAGGAAGAAGAAAUGCUACCGUCACAUCUUUCUCUUCCAAGAUCUCAUACUCUUCAGUAAGACACGCAGAACAGACGUCGGGAAUGACACGUACAUCUACAAACAAUCCUUCAAGACAGCAGACAUCGGUAUGACCCAUAACUCUGGUGAGAGUGGGCUGUGUUUUGAGAUCUGGUUUCGAAGGAGGAAGUCUCAGGACACGUACAUCCUUCAGGCAUCGAGUCGAGAGGUGAAGGAGAACUGGACCAGAGACCUGGAGAGGAUCCUGUGGGAACAAGCCGUCCUCAACAGAGAGAUCCGUAUGCAGGAGAGGGUGUUCAUGGGAAUCGGUCAUAAACCCUUCAUGGAUAUCCAGCCCAGUGAGAUGGCCAUCAAUGACCGAGCCAUCAACUGCUCUCCCACAGGACGAGGUGGGAUUCCUGUCCUCCGGUUGAAUUCUCUUGGCUCGGCCAGCUGUACGUCAUCCUCUGGAAGCCAAUCCUCCUCCUCCUCUGGGUGGGGCUCCACAUCUCCUGUGGGUCAUGUGAGUGGAGGAGAUGUUGUCCGGUACGUCCAUGGGACAUCAGGGAUCCUGGAGGAAGAUGAUUUAGACCAGGAGAGCGGAAACCAGAGUACACUGGUGGAGAGUUCGGUGUCCUCAGGAGAAAGUGUUAGCUGCUUCAGCAGUUCUGGUCACAGCUGCUCGUCUGUGAUUGGUGGAGACUGUGACCACGCCCAAUCUGAGGCACCUGUCGUUGGUGUGAAAAAAGCGUGUGCCCACAACCACGAAUGCAGCUUGAAACCCACUAACCCAGCAGGCCAACCCACGGACCAUUCGUGCACUACAGUUCAAGGGACGAGCGUCAUAGGAAAGUCAACUGAAGUAUAGCCCAUCGUGUAUGGUUAUACUGUAAUAGCGUCAUGCUUUUAUGUUGUCAGGCCCAUUCUUUUCACCUUUUUACCUUUUAUACCUAUCAAUCCUGUGAAACUCUAAAAUAAAGUUUAUUUUAUUUAUUUAUUUCUGUGUGAGUGUGUGUGGACUAACUUUUAAAUGUUAAAAACUUAAAAUUUUUUAUCAUUUUUUAUUUCUGUUUCUGUUAGCCUUAUUGCGCAGAUGAUUAAAACACAAACAGUGGUGUAAUAGUUUAAUAAAAUUGCUUUGAUAAAAAAAA